GUCCCUGAUGCUAGACCCAUACCUGGCUGCAGCACACAGUUGUCCAGAAGAUGUUCUAGAUCCUGGAGGACGUCAGGAGCAGAGUAGACCUCACAUCCAGGAUAUUGGGAGAACUGAUGAGAGCUGGUACGCUCUAGGAACUGGCCCAGGAUUCUACUUCUACUGGCACUGGGUAAUGCCCGUCUCUGCCUGCCCCUUGUAACCUGCCCCAGGGGCAGCACCAUGUUCCUACCUCCGGCCAGGAAAGGCUUCUCCAUUGAAGCUUUAGUGGGUCCAGACCGAAGUCCAGAGGAACCUCUCAGACCCACUGCCCUAAAGUACCCAGAAGCAGGACACGGGCUUCCUCCUGGCCCGCUCCGGCCCGGGAUCCGCCUCCUUGGGGCCCCAGAUCUGGUCUUCCCGGAGCCGCCUGUCAACCCUUAUGGACACGGCUUGGGGAUCCACCAGCACCGCAUCCUGCACAGGGACCCCCUCAGCUUCUGCCCUUGGAUCCUGCGGCACCGGCUGCCUGGUGAGGAAAAUACCCCAGAAAACUAUUUACUACAGGGACCUUUUUCACGAAAACCUAAAAGAAUACGGACUGCUUUCUCUCCAUCACAACUUCUGCGACUUGAAGGAGCCUUUGAGAAGAACCACUACGUAGUAGGAACAGAAAGGAAGCAACUUGCAAACAGCUUGUGCCUCACAGAGACCCAGGUAAAAGUGUGGUUUCAGAAUAGGAGGACAAAACACAAACGUCAGAAAUUAGAGGAGGAAUGUCCAGAAUCUCAACAGAAAAGAAAAAGCAGCCAGCAUAUCAACAGAUGGAGAGUGGCAACAUGUCAGGGCAGUCCCAAGGACAUUGAUGUCACAUCAGAUGACUGACAUCCCUCGUGUAAUAAACUGCAUACCGUAUGUCACAUGAAGACGGACUAUCAUGUCACAUGAUCAGGUGUCAUCUGCAGGAGACAGCCUCUGCCAGAAUCUGCCUGUAGUAUGGACUCUGGACAAUGCACUUGGGUCAAAGUCUGUAAUUUCACGUAUUUUGCCUGGAAUUUCUGGCCAAUCAUUUUUGUCCUAAAACUAUCCAAAAAAAGUAACCACAGUGCAGAAAUCCAGUGAUAUGUCUACACUUACAAUCCAUGAAAGCUGAACCAGAUGGACACGACUGAGAAGUGUUAGGAGAGUAUAGCAAUAAGACAAAACUUUUACCUCAGGAAACCCUAUUGUGUACUGGAUAGAGCAAAUGUAAAUAUAUAUUUAAACAUGGAAGAAGUGGCCAUAUAAGGGGACAAAUUCAUAUUAAACAUGUGACGGUUUUACCAAGUUUAUUUAUUAAGGCGUGUACAUAUCCCUCAGGAAUGCAUUCUAAAUAUCUAUUAAAAUACAAUGCCUAAAAAAGCAAAUGUUUGGUUACAUUGUAGUUAGAAACCUCUCUCACUUGUACUAUUCUCAGUUUUAGCAGUACGUGAUCUCCUCACCCUUACAAUGCAUAUUUCCCCUAUAGCUGUUAGUCUGUUCUUGGCUUACAAGGUGAAUUUUAGUAGCCAUGGUCAAAACAAUAAUUGCACUUUUUUAUCUAUCAAGUGUGACAACAUGUCUC